AAGUAAUAAUAAAAAAAAUAUAUAUAAAAAAAACGCCAACAGAAUUGAAGCAGCAUAAAAUAAAUAAAAGCGGCGUUGGGCACGUUUUUCCUACGUUCAUUCUGUGCUUUUUCCACAACUACUUUUUGUGUUGUUGUUGUUGCAUUCGCUGUUUCAAUUUCAAUUGUGGAAAUCGCAGAAAAAUCGCCAAAACGUAUUAAGCGAACCGGUCGAGACAAACGGAGCGAUAGAACAUAGCUGGACUGGGCAAAAGGACUAGCCCAGGCCGGGCAAUAUUUAUUAAACAAAGCCAGAAAUUAAUUUCACGACUUUUCUGUGCCUGCAUUUGAGCUGACUCCGCCAAGCGUGCGUUGCACGCCCUCAAAAACAACAACAACAAGCAGAAGCAGAAGGAGAAGAAGAGGAAGAAGAACUACGAUCAGCGCCGGCUUCUUUAUGCGCAGCUUGAACUUGCACUCAGCUUGAGCCAGAGACAGAGUGAGUGAGAGAGAGAGAGAGAGAGCAAAAUGUACGACAUCAAGCGCCUGGAAGCCGGACAACAGCAGCUACAACAACAACAACAACCGCAAAUACAACAACAACAGCCUAUUGGACAUACACUUAACGAAAGGUUGAGCGGCUCGGCGCCGCUACAGCUAACCUGCAGCGUUAUUACGCCCACGCCGCCAGCCUUCUCAGCGAAGAGCUGCUCCAGCAGCCCCAUCGAAGCCACACACAUGACACUGUUGACGCUGCGCCGUCGUCGGGCGUUCCAGCGUCGCGCCUGCCUGCUCAGCAUAUUGGCCGCCUUUGUCUUUGGCAUGGCAUUGGGCGUCAUUGUGCCCAUGCUCGGACUGCCCGACUACUUUGCCAGCACUGGCAGCAGCAGCAGCGCUGGCAGCGUUCAGUUGGCGCCCGCUGCACUGCUGCCGCCCAGCGAACAGCCGCAGCUGGGCAGCAGCUACGAUCGACCGCCGUUGCCCUACAGCGUCUCCUUUGUCAAAGAGGAAGCCGAGCAGCUGGAACUCAGCGCCGAGCAGGUCUUCCGCAAUGCCUUCCACCUGGAGCAGGAUAAGAAUGCGCCCGAUUCGAUGAUAGUCAAGAAACUGGACACAAACGAUGGCAGCAUCAAGGAGUUCCACGUGCAGCGCACAGCGAACGGUCGCUAUCGCAAGGGACCGGAGCGACGCCUGACCAAAACCGUACAGCCGGAGCGCAGUCGAACGCUGGCCAAGCCACAGCAGCAGGCGCUGCGGCAGUCGCACGAGAACGAGCUGCAAACGGCGGGCAUCAUUGAUGCGGACAUCUAUUGGGGUGAGCUGGUGGAGCAGGCGUUGCCGCAGGGCUUUGCCGCCGAGGAUCAGCACAGCUGGGAGCGUUACGUGACCAAGGAGGGGCAGGUGGUGCGGCUGGAGCACGGCUGCGGACGCAUGCAGAACCGUCUGGUGGUCUUUGCCGAUGGCACACGCGCCUGUGCCCGCUAUCGCCAGAACACGGAUCAGAUACAGGGCGAAAUCUUCAGCUACUAUUUGGGACAAUUGCUGAACAUCACGAAUCUGGCGCCAAGUGCAGCGACAGUCAUUGACACGACGACAGCGAGCUGGUCGACGGCAUUGGGCGACAUAACGCAGGCGCAGUGGAAGGAGCAUCGGCCCGUGGUAUUGACGCGUUGGCUGCCCGACCUGGAGCCGGCCGGUAUACCGCAACCGUUCCAGCCACUGGAACGGCAUCUGAACAAGUACGAUGUCUGGAAUAUAACACAGGAGCAGAUGCAGAUGCAGCGGGAUGCUGGUGCGGCCAUGUCGCGGGGAUUACUCAAACGGCUGGAGGUGGCUGCUGCCAGCGGCCAAACGGCUGAUCAUCAAUCAAGCAUGCUUGAGGAGUCAUCCGCAACAGCAUCCUCGACUGCAUCGCCGUCGCCAUCGUCAGCGACGUCGUCGUCGUCGUCGUCGGCGCUGCUGCAGCGACUAAUUGAAUUGGCACAAUGGUCCGAUUUAAUCGUCUUCGAUUACCUGAUCGCGAACCUCGAUCGUGUCGUUAAUAACUUGUACAACUUUCAAUGGAAUGCCGACAUUAUGGCUGCGCCCGCUCACAAUCUGGCGCGACAGAGCGAGACGCAGCUGCUCGUAUUCUUGGACAACGAAUCGGGCCUGCUGCAUGGCUAUCGUUUACUCAAAAAGUAUGAGGCCUAUCACAGUCUGCUAUUGGACAAUCUGUGCAUCUUUCGUCGUCCCACCAUCGAGGCGCUGCGCCGGUUGCGUGCCGAGGGCGCGGGUCGCCAACUGCGCGAACUGUUCGAGCGGACGACCAGCCCGAAUGUGCGUGAUGUGCUGCCCUCUUUGCCGGAUAAAUCAAUCAAGAUUCUGGCAGAGCGCAUCGAUCGCGUGCUGGCCCAGGUUCACAAGUGCGGCGACAGCAACAAGAGCAGCUAAUGAAACGAAACGAUAACAACUGCACUGCAUAU